UCUUUCCCUCUCUAUCUCUAUCUCGCUCGCUCUCUCUCUCAGGUAGGGCCUCAGAGCGAAGAUGGCGACGGACAAACAGAAACAUGAAGGCAGGGUGAAAAUCGGACAUUAUAUUCUCGGAGACACCCUGGGAGUGGGCACGUUCGGAAAAGUCAAAGUGGGCCAGCAUGAAUUGACCAAGCACCAGGUGGCGGUAAAGAUUCUGAACCGGCAGAAGAUCCGCAGUCUGGACGUGGUGGGCAAGAUUCGACGAGAGAUCCAGAACCUCAAACUAUUCCGUCACCCGCAUAUCAUCAAACUUUAUCAAGUCAUCAGCACACCAACAGACAUCUUUAUGGUAAUGGAGUAUGUGUCAGGCGGAGAACUCUUUGACUACAUCUGUAAAAAUGGAAAGUUGGACGAGAAGGAGAGCAGGCGUCUUUUCCAGCAGAUCAUCUCAGGGGUGGAUUACUGCCACAGACAUAUGGUGGUGCACAGAGACCUCAAGCCUGAGAACGUCCUGCUGGACGCGCACAUGAAUGCCAAGAUUGCAGACUUUGGCUUGUCAAACAUGAUGUCAGAUGGAGAAUUUUUAAGGACGAGUUGCGGUUCUCCUAAUUAUGCUGCUCCUGAAGUCAUCUCUGGAAGGUUAUACGCAGGUCCUGAGGUGGACAUCUGGAGCAGUGGAGUGAUUUUGUACGCCCUGCUGUGCGGAACGCUGCCGUUUGACGACGACCACGUGCCAACACUGUUCAAGAAGAUCUGCGAUGGCAUCUUCUUCACGCCUCAGUACCUGAACCCCUCCGUUAUUAGCCUUCUGAAACACAUGCUCCAGGUGGACCCCAUGAAGAGAGCCACUAUUAAAGAGAUUCGGGAGGAUGAGUGGUUUAAACUAGAUCUCCCCAAGUAUCUGUUCCCAGAGGACGCUGCGUAUAGCAGUAAUAUGAUCGAUGAGGAGGCACUGAAGGAGGUGUGCGAGAAGUUUGAGUGCACUGAGGAGGAGGUGCUCAACUGCUUGUACAGUCGGAAUCACCAGGAUCCUCUUGCUGUGGCCUAUCACUUGAUCAUAGACAACCGGCGCAUUAUGAGCGAGGCCAAAGAUUUCUAUUUGGCCUCCAGCCCCCCGGACAGCUUCCUAGACGACCUGCCCGCGCACCACUCCGCGAAGAUUCACCCCGAGAGAGUGCCAUUCCUGGUGACCGAGUCCCAGCCACGACCUCGACACACACUGGAUGAGCUCAACCCCCAAAAGUCCAAGCAUCUCGGUGUCCGGCGGGCCAAGUGGCACCUGGGAAUCCGUAGCCAGAGCAGACCGAAUGAUAUCAUGAGCGAGGUCUGUCGUGCUAUGAAGCAGUUGGACUAUGAGUGGAAGGUAGUUAAUCCUUAUUACUUGCGGGUGCGGAGGAAGAACCCAGUCACUGGCAUACAUACAAAGAUGAGCCUCCAGCUCUACCAAGUGGACAGCAGGACCUACUUACUAGACUUCAGGAGCAUAGAUGAUGACAUGAUAGAAGUGAAAUCAGGAAGUGCCACACCUCACCGCUCUGGCUCAGUCGGUAACUACCGGACUACCCUAAAGAACGACAGGAACGAGAAAAACGAAUGCGAGGAUGCAGCAAAGGGCGACACGUCCGCACCCUCCACGCCUCCCAUAUCCGGAGGGAAAGCGGCAGAAGGCUCUCUGGCUUCUUCUCUUACCUCCUCAGUGGAUUCCACAGGGGGAGAGAUCCUCCCCCGCCCAGGAAGUCACACCAUAGAGUUCUUUGAGAUGUGCGCCAACCUCAUCAAGCUGCUAGCGCGAUAACUUGUGGUUCCUCUGAUGCCUUCUCUCUCACUCUCCUCUGUCUUCCCUCUCACUCUCUGGCUUUUUUCUCUUUCCUCUGGAAUACUGUCUACCUCUUCAUCCUCUGAUAUCCGUGUCAUCGUCCACAGCGGCCCUUCUAUCUCUGUUCUUUUUGUCUCUCUUUCUCUCUCUCAGCGUCUUUAGAGCAAUAAGCAUGCGGACGGACUCGAGACUCCAUGCAUCCCAUUCGCAUGAACGCGCUGAGCGGUCUGUGGCACUGCGGUCACCAACAUCAGCCUGUUUAGAAGCAUUGAGAAAAGGUACAAGAAGGAAAAGGACGGAGGUUGCUGUGUUUCUGUGCCACAGUUAAGAUGUCAGAAAGAUUGCUAACUCUUUUAGGGAUGGUUUUACAGUUCUUUUCUGGGUUCUAUAGCGAGGAUUUCCUCGCAGGGAGUGAGACGUUGAGGUGCAUUUAAAUGAGUUAUACACUGAGCUAGCUGUACUGUACACAAUGCUGUUGCUAUUCUUGGUGGACCAAGAGAGAUAUAAAGAGCGAGCCCUUGUGAGGCAUGUGGGACGACAAGAAAGGCAGAAAGCGCUUUUGCACAGUUUUACCUGUAAGUUUUUGUGGGCCAGUGUCAGAACUGGUUAUCCCAUUGAAGCGGCCUACUGGGAAGGGCACUCAAUUAGGAGGAGCCACCUUAAAAGCAAGGCCAAUUUAACGUGGUGGGCACUUUAACACAAAGGGACAACUUGAUAAAUCAGCCUUUCUUAAGGAAGAGACCAAUAUUAAACACAUUUAUCCUGAAGGAGUGCAAAGUCCUUGCCUCCGUUUCAUAGAUUUUUGUUGUUUGUUUUUGUUUGUCUGUCACACUUUAGUUUUUUUUUUUUUUUUUUUUUUUCUACUCGCUCACAUUUUACAGAAAUUUAAGUAUAUACAGAAUUUAAACAUGCAUUUGGAUUUAUAUUUAUCAGUGCUUUAAACGGGGUUGUAGAUUGUAUUAAAAUUGUGAUAUCGGACUGGAUUUUUUAAAAAAUAUUUGAUUGUAUCGCUGUAAGAUGUUUUAUUCCAUACACUGCUUUAUCAAAAACUUUUUCUUUUUUUUUUUUUUACUGUUCUUUUAGUUGUUUUACAAAACAGUGGUUGCUUGAAAAAGACAUUCUCAUUAAAGGAAAUGUAUCCCCCCCAACUUUUACAAAUGAAGUCUAUUUGGUAAGACGGGUCAAGUAUUAAAACGUUUUACGUUUACGGCUGAGAUGUAAUAAACACACACACACACACACACAGCUGAGGUGUCUAAUUAAGUUUAUCACCACAAUGAAAAUGGAAAAAAAGAUCCAAUUAGAAUUGAAAUAUUGACGCAUCCCGAUCGAUCUUCAUACUCACGUCUUAAUGCUGUGAUUGCAAAGUCAUACGUGUAAGAUCAGAAAAGAGGAUAGCGCUUCCUACUCGCAUGUGACUUUAUGUGCCCUUGUACGAAACUGUGUCAUAAACAGAAUUCUACAAAAGUCCACAAAGAACUGCAACCCGUUAACAACGAAUGCAAUUAUGUAGGAGCUCACUGAUGUCUUCAGAGCAGUUGUUUCAUAGAUGAAAAAGAAAACAAUGCAAGUUUUAAACUACUUUACUCGGAGCUCCAGCUCUGUUCAAAUGAAAUAUCCAAUAUAGAAAAAUCUAACACGUAAUUUAAAAAUAAUACAUUAAUUGUAUCGCACAGCAUAUUUACAUUUUAAAGUCGUUCUUACCGCGUUUAAAACUCUUAGUUCUUACAAAUGCAGCAGUGUCUCGUUCUCAAAAAGAAUAGGAGAUUUAAGGCCGGUAUUUCUGAUUUGACCUUCUGGAAUUCUUGAGUCUUUUGUUACGUGCGUUUCCUAAAAGGAUGGUGACGGUUUUUUUUUUGUCGUCAACUGCACUGUCAUUUCAGAAUCUCCCAUUAAUGAGAUUUCAGAGCUAAAACUUGACAAUCUGUGCUUUGCAAGUCAGCUUAAGACAAAUCCAGGGAAAUUUAGUUUUGCUCCGUUCCCUUUAUCCCCCCCUCCCAAAGGUUAUUUCCCCAUGUAGCUGUCUAAUCAAAUGUUAACUCUUCUUUAUCACUAGGGAAGCAUUUCAGUGUCUCCACGGGUUGUUUAUUCAGCCAACGCAAAGAGGUUUAGAAAAUCUGUUGUUCUUCUCUUAACUGCAGUUAUGUUGAUUAUCUGUGCAGAAAUGCACCUUGCCAAUGUAAAUUGACAGAUAUUUACUGAUAAUUUACAGUUGAAAAGAUGAUUUGUAAAUACAACUGCCUAAUAAAAUGAUACAUGAAAAAAUGA